AUGAAUUCCGUGAAAGGUAUUAUUUGCCACCAGCAUCGCUCGUUCUCCUCGCUUCCAUGGAUCUCUCCUCUUCAUUUCUUAAAACCAAAAUUGGACCCCCCACCCGAAACCCUUUUGGAACGACGAAGGAAACCCAAAUUCAUUUCUCACGAGACAGCCAUAAAUUUGAUCAAACACGAGAGGGAUCCUCAGCAUGCCUUAGAAAUAUUUAACAUGGUAGUGGAGCAGAAGGGUUUCAAUCAUAAUCAUGCUACCUAUUCAACUAUACUCGAUAAGCUUGCUCGAGCUAAGAAGUUUCAGGCUGUUGAUGCUCUUCUUCGGCAAAUGAUGUAUGAAACCUGCAAGUUUCAUGAGAGUGUAUUCCUUAAUCUCAUGAAGUAUUUUGCUAAGUCAUCCGAGUAUGGAAGAGUGGUCGAGAUGUUUAAUAAAAUUCAGCCAGUUGUUCGAGAAAAGCCAUCGCUUAAAGCCCUCAGUACGUGUCUCAACCUUCUGGUUGAAUCGAAGCAGGUUGAUUUCUUGCGGAGUUUCUUAUUGGAUUUGAAGAAUUGUCAUAUGCUGAAGCCAAAUACCUGCAUUUUCAAUAUCUUUAUUAAGCAUCAUUGUAAAAGUGGGGAUCUUGAAUCCGCUUUUGAAGUGGUGAAGGAGAUGAAGAAGUCUAGUAUUUCUUAUCCUAAUUUGAUUACCUACUCAACUCUGAUGGAUGGUCUCUGUGAAAGCGGAAGGUUAAAAGAUGCAAUUGAAUUGUUCGAGGAGAUGGUGUCAAAGGAUCAAAUCUUGCCUGAUGCCCUUACUUAUAAUGUUCUAAUUAAUGGUUUUUCCCGUUGGGGAAAAGUUGACCGGGCAAAGAAGAUAAUCGAGUUUAUGAAGAGUAAUGGAUGCAGCCCAAAUGUAUUUAAUUACUCGGCCCUCAUAAAUGGAUUUUGCAAAGAGGGAAGAAUAAAGGAGGCUAUGGAUACUUUUGAAGAGAUGAAGAACUUUGGUUUGAAACAAGAUACGGUUGGCUAUACUACAUUGAUAAAUUACUUCUGUAGGUUUGGUAGAAUUGAUGAGGCCAUGGAGUUGCUCAAAGAGAUGAAUGAUAAAAAGUGCAAAGCUGACAUUGUAACUGUUAAGGUGUUACUUAGAGGAUUGUGUGGAGAAGGUAGGACCGAAGAGGCUCUUGGGAUGCUUAACAAACUCUCUAACGAAGGUAUUCGUCUAAACAAACAGAGUUACAGGAUUGUAUUGAAUUCCUUGUGCCAAAAAGGUGACUUGGACAAGGCCAUUGAGCUUUUGGGUUUGACACUUAGUAGAGGCUUUUUACCACAUUAUGAAACUUCAAAUGAGUUGUUAGUUCUCCUUUGUAAAGCUGGAAUGGCAGAUGAUGCAGUUGUGGCAUUGUUUGGAUUGGCAGAGAUGGGAUUCAAACCAGAUCAUGAUUCUUGGGCUCUUUUAAUUGAAUUUGUAUGCAGAGAGAGAAAGCUUUUGUUUGCAUUUGAACUGCUUGAUGAGCUUACUACGAAUGAACGUGAAAAUUUUGUACCUUUGUGA